GGAUGUGCGCAUGCGCGUCUAUGCAGCCCACACAAGGUCAUUUUGCGCGUGCACCGGCUGCCAGGAGUUCAUUCGUGCAGUACUCAGGGACGCGACUGGAGUUUAUUAACACUAUUUACACAAAGGCAUUCUAAACAUGGCGAGAGGAAGUCGCAGUCGUGCUUCAGCAUCAGCAAGUGUUCCAGCUCCAGUGACCCCUCCUCCAUCAGCGGUGGCCCCAGCUCCUGUCCAGCCUAAACAGCCAGGACUCAUGGCUCAGAUGGCCACGACGGCUGCAGGUGUGGCCGUGGGCUCGGCCGUGGGUCACGUGGUGGGUGGUGCCCUUACUGGAGCCUUCAGUGGAGGCAGCUCUUCUGAAACACCAAGCCCAGCUCCUGCACAUCAGGAGCCUGCACGAGCUGCUCCCCCUCAGGCCGGCCCAUGUCUUUUCGAAGUAAGGCAAUUUCUCGACUGUGCUACCACUCAGACAGACCUCAGCUUGUGCGAAGGCUUCAACGAAGCUCUCAAACAGUGCAAAUUUUCACACGGUGUUUCAUCUCUGGUAUGAAGACACUAAACACUACUCUGCACUCAGUAUAAAUCAUCUAGAGCCCUCCAGUACCUGACCUGUAUUUACUUUAUUUCUGUUCUAGUUUUUAACUUGUAAGAUAAAAUAAAGAGCUGCUAUUUCC